AUAAAAUCGGUGUUAGUUUUUUUAGUUUUAGAUUUGUUUACUUUUAUUAUAAGUAAGUGAAAUAAAACUAAAUAUUUAUCUCGUCUUAGACCAAUUUAUAUCUAGUAUACAAUAUUCUUUAAAACCCUAUACAUAUUACUUUUAUACAACAGAAACCGGCGUUUUGGGAGCUGAUAAGUAGUGGCUAGACGCAAGUCAUUCACCAGGGAGCCUAUUUAAUGAAUGCCUGAAAGAUCUUUGGGCAUUAAUUGACAGGAGUCUGUGGCAGUUUGUUGGUUCCAUCGUUGACGGAAGUAGUUACGCAAGAAUCUGAAAAGAUGGGAGUACAAGUGCAGAAGAUCACAGAGCCCCUGGUGCUGGGCGAGGGUCCACACUGGGAUGAGAAGCAGCAGGCUCUGUACUUCGUCAGCAUUGUGGAACAUUCCAUCCACAAGUAUGUGCCAUCCACGGGAACACAUACAAAGACCAAACUUGAUGGUCGAGUGGGGUUCAUAGUGCCAGUGGAGGGCACGAGCGACCAGUUCGUGGUGGGAGUGGAGCGCAAGUUCCUGGUGGUGCAGUGGGACGGUGAGGACGGGACUCCAGCGCGCGUGGUGCGGCAGCUGGCUGAUGUGGACCCGGAGUAUCCCAGGAACAGGAUCAAUGAUGGCAAGGCCGAUCCCCGCGGGAGGUUGUUUGCAGGUACUAUGGGCCAUGAGGAGCCAAUCGGCACGGUGGACAAGAAGAAAGGCUCGCUGUUCCGCCUCGACGGGGCCAAGAUAAAGACGCUGUGCAGUGGAAUCGACAUCUCCAAUGGGCUGGCCUGGGACCUCAAGAGGAAGACCUUCUACUACACCGACUCGCUCGAGGAAAAUAUCAGGCAGUACGACUAUGAUGUGGAGACUGGAGAGAUUUCUAACAUGAAAUACAUAUUCGACUUCAAAGCCAACAAGAUCGAGGGCGUCCCCGACGGAACGACCAUAGACACUGACGGCAACCUGUGGGUAGCAGUUUUUAACGGAUCUUGCAUCUUGAAGAUCGACCCCACUUCUGGCGAACUGCUGCAAAAGGUCCCCAUUCCCGCAAAACAAGUGACUUCCGCUACAUUUGGAGGUCCCAAUUAUGAUAUAAUGUUCGUAACUUCGGCUAGUCUGGAUGAUGAGCAAAAGCCGCCGUGUGGCGCCACCUUUAUGGUGACGGGUUUGGGAGUGAAGGGACUGCCUAAUGUUAACUUCAAAUUGUAACUUACCUUGAGGUACAGUUGAAUUCUCUAUUGUGUAUUUGAAAUUAUUUUGAACUUGCUUGUUGAGUAUCCAAAGUUACAACGAGGUUUCAUCCAAGCGUUAUAUUCUAUACUGCCAAGGGAUUUUAUACUAUAUUAUUGUAGCUAAUUAUUAAUAUUUUCUAUAACAAACAGAAUCAAAUAUAUGGUGCUCUACAAAUUACCUUUUGUUAAAAUGUAUUACUGUACAAAAUAUGACAAUAAGUAAUAUUUUAAGCGAAAAUGUCCAGACAUAUUUUACAAUUUAUAUUAUUUACCUCAUAUGGUUUAUUUGUUUCUAUUUUAAUAUACUAUAUUAUUUACUGAAUAUACAUAAAGUAUGAAUUAUAUUGUUUUAUAUUUGUAAUUUCGUGUAAUUUACCGAAAUGUUUAAGAUACCAGUAUUCAGAAUAUGUUAGUUUCUAAAUAUAGGUAUUUUACCAGAUGGCAUAAUUAUGUAUGGUUUUUAUAAAUCAGUUUAAUAAAGAAGUAUACAAUA